AUGAAGGAGUGUCUGCUUUUGUUGCUAGUAUUUGCAUGUGGACAUGGAGCCCCUGCAGGCAUUGUGCCAUCAAGUUCCUGUAAAGAUGCUUCAAGUAAAGAUGCUGCUGCACAGGCAAUGGACAAAAUCAACCUAGAACUCAGCGAAGGCUACAUCUUUAGCCUGGAACGUCUCAGCAACGUUGGCCUGCUGCGCCACGGCGAGACUGGAGUGGUGUAUUAUCUAACAAUUGAUGUACUUGAGACUGACUGCCAUGUCCUCAGUAAGAAGAACUGGAGGGACUGCAAAGUCAGAGAUAUUGGUGGACACCCGGUGUAUGGUCAGUGCAAAGCAGUGAUCUACAUAAACAAAGUUCAUAGAGUAUCCCGCCUCUACAAAUACAGUUGUGCAGUCAGGCCAGUCCCUACCUCCAAAAUUGCGUUAGUAUGCCCUGACUGCCCAGUUCUAAUUCCACUGGAUAAUGAAGAAGUCCAGAAGACUAUGAGGAUGGGCCUGGAGAAGUACAAUAAGGAGAGCAUGCAGGCUAACUACUUUAGUCUUCUUAACAUAACAAGAGCUACCAGCCAAGGAGGGUUUAUCACUUUCUACAAUGUUGAGUUCACCAUCCAGGAGACAGUCUGCUCCAACACAACUGAUAUAGCUGAGGUUUCAAAGUGCGAAAUAAUGACCUGCGAGUUUGCACACAAGGGCUUUUGCAAAGCCACCCACUCUCAAUCUGCUAGAGGUGAACACCUAAACCUUAAGUGUGACCUUUUUGAACCUGAGGCUGCAGAGGAGGAAAAGAAGAGGCAUCUGCUGGAACAGAAGCUGGACCACAGCCACAGCAGCACUGCUAAUAUUUCCUUAGGGCAUGACCACACUCACGACCACACACAUGCCCACUCCCCCUCACACGCACAAGACCAUGAUCAUCCCGACGAUCACAGGCAUGAUCACGACCAUAAAGCCCUGCAUGCCCACGAUCACACCAAGGAUUUCAGUCACCACCACACACAUGAACAUAACGAGGGUCAUAAUCAGUCCCAUGGUCAUGCGCACUCCCAUCACCAUGCUCAUGACCAUGACCACACUCACUCACACCACGCCAAAGCUCACAACCACACCCAGGACCAGGGCAAGCACCCCCACCACAACUAUGGUCACAGUGAUGGGGAAACCCAUGAGCAUGACCAUGAGUUAGCACUAGACCAUGAGCACAAACACGCACACCUCCAUGAGUAUGAGCAUCACCACCAUCAUCACGAACACCAGCAUGAAAGCUCAACUAAACGGCCUGAGGGUGUGGUCUACAUGCUGCCCUCCAUGGACAAGCCCAUGAUCCUUCCUUCCCACCCUGACCAGCCAGUGGCUGACCCAGCACAGCCUUCCACUCUGCCCUUCCACCCUGACCCACAGAUUCCUGGAGAGAGAGAGCCCACCAUAAUGCCCUUCCCAACUGCCCAGUCCAAGGAGUGCCCAGCAGACUUCAAGACUGAGAGCAAGCUCAUUAAGGAGGUCUUUGUUCAGGACCCUCUAUUCAAAAGUGCUGCAUGUGAAAAACCUGUGAAAAGCCUUUCCAUGUUUGCCUAUUGUAGCUAG